AUGGCGCAGUCCAGCCAUGAAGGGCUCAUGGAGAGCCUGAGGGAGCAGUUCAGGCAGAGACACUACAAAGAGACCAUCAUACCCUCGAUCGAACGUAGACGGCUGCUCUUGAUAGAGUGCUACUAUCUCAUCGCCGAUCUCAAGACACCCCAGCUGCUCGGUGCAGGCUCGAUUCCGAGCAAGGCGUCAGGCACAAAUGAGGCCGACAAGGCGACAACAACUCGGCCGGCGCCCAGGACUGCCAGCUCCGUCGAGCUUGUCCAAGCUCAAUGUCAAGCCUUCGUCGAGCGUCAUCUGGCCAACAAGAGUGACAUCAACGAGAUCCUCAAUUUGCUUGUUCUUCCCCCGCUCGACCCAUCCCCGCCGACAAGUCCAGUGGUGCCGCGGUCUACGAAUACCGCCCCUCGCGCGCCCUCGGCGAGCUCCAGCGCGCCCCAGGCUGCAGGCAGUACAACGAGCGCGACUCAGACCGCGUCUACUGCUGCCACACGCACCGCGCCUGCGCCUACUCCCGGCGCUGCAUCGAGCUCGCGAUCUGCAACGUCACAACCCCCGCCUGCCACCGUCUCGCCAGCAGCGCUGACCAUAUCGGAUCAGCCGCCGCCCACAGCAAGGCCAAUCGCCUCGAGCAGCGCCUCUGUACAUUUCACCCCUCUUUUCCCGCCUUUGCCAGAUGAGCUUAUAGAUAAGCGGCUACAUAUCGGCAAUCUUGCCGUCUUUGCUGCGAACGCGCCUGGUAGCAGCAAGCAGAAGGGCAAAGAGGCCGCGCGAGUCAAAGAACAGCUGCGCCAUACAGCACAGCCGGGCGCGUCAGCAGCUUCGCCUGCCCAGGUCAUAGGCAUAGCCCCUCCCAUAGCUUCUACUUCUGCUGCUGCGACCGCCGUAUCGCCAGGUACGACCCAUCGUCGAGCUUCCGCCGGUCCAGAAGCGCUAGCAGCUCUUACAAUCACGCCACUCAGUGGUGGCAUGGAGCUCUUCAAAUUUGGUUUAGCGCGGGCGACGCAUGCUGGCGUGAGGGGCCUCGCUACUGGCUUCCAGAUGGGACAGUCGAUGGCCACUUUUGGCGGCGGAGGGGCAGGGGUUGGUGACAAAGCUCCAGUGCCGCCCUCAGGCGACAAGACCAUCGGCAGUCAUCUCGACCGACGCUAUCGACCCGCCAAAGUCGUUCUGACGGCAGAUUGGAACGUCGCCCUUUUCGAGCUGCGGGCUUUGCGAGCUCAAGAGAGGAUCGAACAGCUUAAAGCUGAUGGUCUAUGGAGCCUACGACAGCCAAAGAAGCAGCGAGGACCUGCCGUGCCGAAGGCGCACUGGGAUUAUUUGCUCGAAGAGAUGCGCUGGCUUCAGACUGACUUCAAGGAGGAGCGUCGUUGGAAAGCCGCGACGUCCUACAUGCUCGCCCAAGCUGUUGUUGCUUGGCAUCAAGCAGGCGAGACAUACGACCCGGCAGGAGCUCGAGCAACGCUAUGCGUCAAAGUCCGCGAUCCAAGCGUGCGAGCGGGAUCUGCCGACGAAGUCACGAGCAUGCUGCUUGACGUGCCUGCUGAUGCAUCCCUCCUCGAGGCCGGCAGCAAUCAGACAGCUUCCGAAGAUCGCGAUGCCGAUGCCGAUGGUGACGCAGAAGACGCGGACGGCGAGGAUGAGAUGGAGGUCGACAAGCCCAUGACAAGCGAUGGUGCAGAGCCACGCGCUGCGGCCGCUGCUGUGCCUGAGGUACCCGCGGAAGCACCACCAGCACCUACAGACACCGGUCCAAGUUUUGGUCAGAUCGUGAUGAUAAGACAACCUCUCUUCGAGAUACCCGAGACGUCCACGCUCGUCGAUGUCGCCUCCUUCAACGGCGUGGACGAGCUCGACCUGAGCUCUAAAGACAGCCAAUCAGCUAUCAGCGCAUUGUUACCUGACCUGCCACUAUACACCAUUCCACAAACGCCUUCAGACCUCGGCGUAACCCGGAUAGAUCGACGUUUCGACGAAUCUUCGCCGCAUUAUUCUCGCAUUUCCCAUAUUGGCAGGCGCGUCGAUUCCAAGCCGAUUCUGCUAAGUACUUUACAGCCCGGGACCAAUCUGCAGAAGCCUGGCAAAUGGUCGAGCAAUCUUGCGUGGGAUCUGCUUUGCGGGCCAGGUGCAGGUAUAGAGCCAGAAAUGCUGGAGAUGACACACAUCGAGCCUGCCAGCUUACCAUCUGGUCCUUUUGCGGGCCGCAAGCCGAAAGAGAUUGUGCAUGCUGUCCCUGUCAAUGCACCUCUACCGCCAGCCAACCACGAGCACCGUACAGGCGCAUUCGAGUGGACAGACGAAGAUGACUCGAUCUUAUUGGGACUGUCGAAGCAGUACGUUAACAACUGGCAACUCAUCGCAGAUCUGUUUCAUGGCACCAGCAAGAAGAGCAAUAGCGACAAGCGAGAGGCAUGGGACGUAUAUAAUCGUUGGAACAAGCGAUUCGGUCCGGCUUCUGCGCCGUCGAUGCUCAAUACGGAAGUAGUCGGCACACCUGGAGCUGCACCACAGUCAGCAGAUGCUGCCAGUACGUCUGCGUCCCAGGCCGGCGCCAUCACGUCGAACGGUACUGCAAAGGUCAUAAAGAAGAUGCCUACCAAAUUUGAAGGCUCUCGUAAGAAGUUGCGGCACCUGAGCAUCUACGAUGCAAUGCGUAAGACCUCGAAGCGGCGAGAAGCUAUUGCGGCUCGGCCAGGCGCACAUAUGCCUCGCAAAGUCAGUCUCACCGCGCACGAGACGCACGCCCUUGCCCAGCGCGCCGUAAUGACACCAUUGCAAGUCACGCAAGUCAAGAUCGAGCGCGACAAGAACGAGCAGCACCGCCGACAGUUGAUACAAGAAGCCGCGCAUCGCCAGCAAAUUGCCGCUCAACAGGCCGUAGCUCAACAGCAAGCCGCUGCUGCAGCGGCAGCAGCCGGUCAGCCGCCCGGUCAACGAACGCCAGGUGCAGUGCCAGGUGUUGUUCCUCAAAAUCGGCCGCCAGGGCCGAUGAGUGCGCUCCAGCAGCAGCAGAUCAGGCAGUCACUUGCCGUCGCUGCAGCAUCUGGUCAGCAGCCGCGACCAGGCAGCGCGGGAUCCCAGCAGAGCCCACCUCUGAUGAUGUCACCAGCACAGAGCGCCGUGUCGCUUCCGAACGGCGGUGGAAGCAGUAGCCGACCGAACUCGCCCUCUCCUCUGAUUCAGCAAGGCUUAUCGGCAGCAGCGCUUGCCAACCUCACGCCCACGCAACAGGCGGCGCUUGCAACGUCGAUGCAGCAGCAAGCCGCGCAACAAGCUGCACUCGCCGCUCAGAGCCCAGCCGCGCAGUACAACGCCGAUUCUGCCAGGCAGAUCCGCUCACGUAUGAUUCAGCAGGCUGCGCAGCAACAGCAGCAGCGAUAG